AUGUCUUCCUCAACUCAACAACCUGACGUUCCUGCCGAGUCUGUUCAUGCCGUCCAUUUCGCUUUGCCUGAUUUCUGGCAACACGCCCCUGAACUUUAUUUUAUCCGCAUUGAGUCCGCCUUUUACUCCGCCAACAUUACGAAGGAGUUGUCGAAAUACCACAAACUUGUGGAGGUUCUGCCUGCCAAUAUUAACUCACAAGUUCAACCCUUGUUAGUGAAACCCCCUGCAGACGCUCCCUAUUCUGCUCUGAAGGCGGAAAUCCUUCGUCUCAAUGCUGUAUCUGACCGACAACGCUACCACCAGUUGAUAAAGGAGGAAUCACUGGGCGACCGAAAGCCCUCAGAACUUCUCCGACGAAUGCGUACUCUCUUAGGAGACAUGCAGGUCGACGAGAAACUCGUUAAAGAGAUGUUUCUAGAGCGGUUGCCUGCAGAUGUCCAAACGAUUUUGGCAUCCGGCUCGCAAGACCUUACACUCUCACAUCUUGCUAAAAUGGCAGACCGAAUGAUAGAGGUUCAACGGUUCCAGCCACCUUCCGUUGCUCAGAUUUUCACAUCCUCUUCAACGGUUAACGAGCAGUUACUGCAACAGAUGUCGACUAUGGCGAAUGAGAUAGCCUCCCUAAAACUACAGCUUGCUCCCAUUACCUGUAGUCACUCACCCAGCCGUCAUCGUUCACGUUAGCGACCUCGCACAGCCAAUGUGUGUUGGUAUCACCCAAACUUUGCCGCCAAGGCUCGCAAAUGUUCUUCCACUUGUUCAUUUAAACCGAAACAAGGAAACCAGCCAGCCAGGGAAUAGACGCGACCGUUUUCUCUGGCUCUCCCAGCUCUGGUCGCACCUUUUAUGUCUGCGACAAUGUGACUCGCAGGCGUUUCCUGGUGGACACCGGAGCCCAGAUCAGCGUGGUUCCCCCCACUCCAGUUGACCGCCGCUGUCCCAGCCCUGGUCUACAUCUCCAAGCUACAAACUGUUCCCCUAUUUCCACUUUUGGUAGUAGUUCCCUAACGCUAAACAUUGGUUUACGUCGAUCAUUCUCCUGGAUAUUUGUGAUUGCCGACGUGCCUUAUGCGAUCCUUGGUUCCGACUUCCUAGCCGAGUUUGAUCUCCUUAUUGACUGUCGGCGUUCCUGUCUCCUCGACCGCACAACUGGUCUUUCUGUCCGCGGUCUUACACCCUUUAAUGACUCCUGCAAUUUAUCUGUUCUGGACACAUGUAUUGCUUGCCCAUACCGAGACCUGCUCCUCCAACACCCCAAAAUAAUCAAACCCCAGUUUCGCAGUGGUGAGAUCCAGCAUGACGUUGUCCACCACAUUCGCACCUCUGGGCCCCCCGUAUUCGCACGGCCUAGACGACUGGCUCCGUCCCGUCUGCAAGCGGCGAAGGCCGAAUUUGAGCACAUGCUGCAACUGGGCAUAAUUCGGCCGUUCGAGAGUUCAUGGGCGUCCCCUCUGCUUAUGUUGCCCAAGGCGACAUCAGACGACUGGAGGCCCUGUGGUGACUAUCACGCCCUCAACAAUGCGACCAUCCCGGAUCGUUAUCCCGUCUCUCAUCUUCAAGAUUUUGCUGGAGCUCUUUUCGGCAAAUCGGUUUUCUCGAAGAUUGGCCUUGUUCGGGCCUUCCAUCAGAUUCCUGUCGCUCCCGAGGAUGUUCCCAAAACUGCCGUCACCACACCAUUCGGCCUGUUCGAAUUUAUUCGCAUGCCAUUUGGUCUUCGCAAUGCUGCCCAAGCAUUUCAGAGGUUCAUUGACCGAGUCCUAGUGGUCUCUAGUUUGUGUACGCCUACAUCGAUGACCUCUUGGUGGCCAGCCGAAAUGCUGAGAAACACAAAGAGCAUCUUGCCUUAGUGUUUGACCGCCUCGAUCAGUUUGGCGUGGUCACUAACCCUUCGAAGUGUGUUCUGGGUGUGCCGUCCCUUCAUUUUCUUGGUCACCAUGUCGAUGCACAAGGUUUGCGUCCCCUCUCUUCCAAGGUUGAGGCCAUUCGUGACUUUCCUUCACCAACCUCCAAGCGUCAGUUGCAACGUUUCCUUGGCAUGGUAAACUUUUAUCGCCGGUUCCUACCGAACUGUGCCGACCUUAUGCUGCCACUCACCAACUUGCUCUCUGGUCCCAAGGGUCCCCUUGAGUUACGUGGCCACGCGCUGACUGCUUUUGAGAGAAUAAAGACCUCCCUUGCUGAUGCUACCUUGCUCGCUCAUCCUGCUCCAGAAGCCCUAUUGUCCCUGAUGGUUGAUGCUUCGACCGUUGCCGUAGGAGCAGUCCUCCAACAGCAUAUCAACGACUCGACACGACCGUUGGCAUUCUUCUCCAAGAAGCUUUCACCUGCCGAGACGAGAUAUAGCACGUUGGUCCGUGAACUGCUUGCCAUUUACCUAGCCGUAAAACAUUUCCGACACUUCCUUGAGGGUCGUGACUUCACAAUUUUCACAGACCACAAACCACUUACAUUUGCCACCCGAUCCCAUUCUGACAAAUAUAAUCCGAGAGAGAUUUCUCAUUUGGAUUACAUCUCGCAAUUCACUACCGACAUCCGCCACAUUGAUGGCCCGAAGAAUGCGGUGGCCGACAUGCUGUCCAGACCUUCCCUCUCGGCGUUUCACCUCUCACACGGGAUUGAUCUUGGUGCUAUGGCGGCUGAACAACGACGUGUUGGAUGCCCUGGCGACGAGUCUGUUGACAGUCUUCAAUUAGUUGACGUCCCAUUGACCACCGGCACUGGCACAAUCCUUUGUGACGUAUCGACUCCUUUUCAUCGCCCUUAUGUGCCUGCCUCGAUGCGUUUAGCUGUUUUUCAAACUCUCCACGGACUCUCCCAUCCUGGGAUUCGAGCCUCACAGAAGCUCCCCGCGGAAAUGUUCGUAUGGCCUGGGUUGAACAAGGAUGUGAAAGCUUGGACACGAUCGUGCCUUUGCUGUCAACGUAACAAGGUUCAACGCCACAACAAGUCUCCAUCGGGCACGUUCCCCAGUCCCGAUGCACGGUUCAACCAUGUGCAUUUAAAUGUCGUAGGUCCUUUACCUCUAUCCAAUGGCUAUACUCACCUUCUCACCUGCGUUGAUCGCUAUACCCGUUGGCCGGAAGCCAUUCCUUUACCGAAUGUGCAAGCUGAGACCAUUUUGAAAGCCUUCGUCAGUCGUUGGGUCGCCAUAUUCGGUGCGCCAUCCAUGAUUACGACUGAUCGAGGCGCGCAGUUUGAGUCCACACUUUUCCAAACUCUCCUCAACUUCCUUGGCUGCACACGUAUUCGGCCGACGGCCUUCCACCCAGCUGCCAACGGCAUGGUUGAGCGUUUCCACCGCCAGCUAAAAACUGCACUACGUGCCGCAGAAGAUCCCGAAAACUGA